UCCCGCCCAGGCCGGGGGCGGCGCUGCGGCGACGCGGGGAGGGCGGGGGCGGCGCGGCUGGGAGCGCGGGGAGCGGCGCGGCGGGGCCGAGGCCGGGGCCGGUAUGGCGUGGCCCAGCAUCAGCCGCCUGUGCUGCUUGGCGCGGCGCUGGAACCAGCUGGACCGCUCCGACGUGGCGGUGCCGCUGACCCUGCACGGCUACUCCGACCUCGAGAGCGAGGAGCCGGGCUCGGGCGGCGCCGCCCCGCGCAGGAGCCAGUCCCCCGCGGGCGCCCGGGACUCCGGCCGGGACCUGCCGCUCACUCAGUACCAGCGGGACUUCGGCGUGCGGACGGCGCCCGCGGGGCCCAGGGACGCGCCGCAGGGCCGCGGACCGGGGCUGGACAGCCGCACGGGCAAGCCCUCCGCGCGCCCGGCCCGUGGGGUCUACGUGCUGCCCGUUGGCGACGAGGACGUGGCUGCGGCGGCGACCACAUCUUACAGGCAAGAGUUCCAGGCUUGGACUGCAGCGAAGCCCUCAAGAUCCACAAAGGCAAAACCGACCAGAGUCAUCACAACCCAAAUGUCUGGAUGGGAUAGCAGCCCUGGGGCCAGCUUCCAGGUCCCUGAAGUGAGGAAGAAGUUCACGCCCAACCCCUCAGCCAUCUUUCAGGCUUCAGCUCCUCAGAUUCUCAAUGGGUGACAGCCUGCGAAACGGACACCAUGGCUGCUCAAACUGCUGAGAAGCAGGCUCUGGACCCACUGACCCUGGGGAGGGCUGAGAGCGUGGCAACGUCCCCUGCUGGGGGAGGGGAUGGCCCUUCUCAAAACUGUUGUCACCAGGAUGUUGUGGUGACACAACUGUUGUGAAACAGAGAUGCAGAUGGACUUGUCACCAUCUUGCCCAGCUCAGCCUCAACCAUCCUCUUCUUCCUCAAGAGUUUUUGGAAGGUUUCACAUCUGUUUUUAACUGCCAUCUGACCAUCCUUUAGUUUUUAAAUGUAAAAACUAAGAAUCAAUUCAACUGUGAUUGGUCCAUGGGGGCUAAGGAAUGUGGACAUACGAAGUCCUCAGAAGAACCAGCAAUGUCCACUGUGGGUGGCUUUCCCAGGAUGCAUGAUAUUUUAUAACUUACAGUAAUUCAAGGUGAUAUGCAUGGAUCUUCCAACAAAUGGCCCCACGUAUUUAAAUUGCAGAAGAAAUCUGUGACUCAUAGUGGUGCUAAGUGAGCAGGAUGAAGUUUCCAAAAGAAAUAGAACAUUAAUCCUAGGGCUUCAAUUACAAAGACAUUACUUCUUUUUUUUUUUUUGAGACAGCCUCAAGCUGUCGCCCUGGGUAGAGUGCCAUGGCAUCUCACUCACAGUAAUCUCCAACUCCUGGACUCAAGCAAUUCUGCCUCCACCUCCCAAGUAGCUGGGACUACAAGCGUCCGCCACAACGCCCGGCUAUUUUUGUUGUUGUUGCUGCAGCCGUCAUUGUUGUUUGGCGGGCCCAGGUUGGAUUCGAACCCACCAGCUCAGAUGUAUGUGGCUGGCGCCUUAGCCACUUGAGCCACAGGCGCCGAGCCAAGACAUUAUUUCUUGAUGAUCAAAAUGACCCUCAUGUUUAAGAAAACAUACCUUGGGACUGAAUCAACAUUUACCUUAUGGAAAGUUUCUAAAGACUGAAUCCCACAUUUUUUUUAGUUUGUUUCCCCUUCUAACAUAGGGAUGACUAGAAAGGCGCUACAGGAUAAGAGCUGGGAACAUUUUGGGGAAAGUGGCAUUUGCUUUGUUCCCUGAAAGACCGUAAGAUGUCCUCUGCACCAACCCUCGCUCUCCCCUCCCCUCACUCAGUGAACAGGGAUCACCACCUGCUGAGGAGCCAGCACAUUUUCUUACCUUCACAAAGUUCUUUACUUUCUCCAGAUUCUAGCCAUUGUGGUGUGUGGGUCUACUUGGUCCCUUCUCUACACAGUAGCCCUGCAAACAUUUAUAGGGUUUCGUCCCUUCUUAAAGGUUAGAGGCACAAGUCUGGGACAGGUUUUGUUAAGGAAACUUGGGAUCUCCUUUUGGAGUUUUCUUCCUCUGCAGCUCACAGGGGCUCAUCUGAUGAGCAUUUAAGCCACAGGUGGUAGCACUCAGGUUUUAGAGCCACCCAGACAUGGAGAUAGGACCUUGUCUCCUCAGAGGUGCUAGCUCUGGCAGGCACACUCUUUCCUCUCAUUCCAGCAAAAUGAGAGACUCGUUUUAAAGGGGAACUAGAGCCACGUGCUGCCUGAACUCACAGAAGGCCUGCUUGCACCAUAGAGUUUCUGAGGAGAGACUGCCUGCUGGGCAUUUCGUGGGAAAUGACUAACUGUACAAUCUUGUAUUUUAUUAAAAUGUAAAAAUGUACUGUUCCAAUUUCUUAAUUUU